CGUCAGGCCAGGCAGGCAGGCAAGGCAGGCAAACAGCACGAUCGCACAUUAAGUCUCGAUCAAGUAUAAGCCGGCUGCGGUGAGGGGCAUGGCAAGAAAGAAGCCUUUAAAAGUGAUCGCAGAGUCGGCAAGUCGACUCAUUCAUUGCAUAGUCGUUGCAGAGUGAAGAUCUCUUACAUACACGGAGUAUAUUCUCAUUUUUAUUAAAUUUUGUGAUUUUUCUAUAAUUUUUAACGAAGUUGAAAAAUAAUGGUUCUCGAAAUGGAAAUGUCAAAGACAUAUCAAUACCGUAAAGUUAUGAAACCAAUGUUGGAACGCAAGCGUCGCGCAAGGAUUAACAAGUGUUUGGAUGAAUUAAAAGACAUCAUGGUUGAGUGUCUUACUCAAGAAGGCGAACAUAUAACCCGGUUAGAAAAGGCUGAUAUUUUGGAAUUGACCGUGGAACAUAUGAAAAAACUACGUGCGCAAAAGCAAUUACGUUUGGGAGGUGUUAUUGCCGGUAUUCAAGACUCUAAAGCGACAAUAGCAGAAAGUUUUCGUGCUGGAUACGUGCAUGCAGCGAAUGAGGUGUCUAAAACACUCGCCACUGUGCCAGGAGUUAGUGUGGAUUUGGGGACACAACUUAUGAGCCAUCUUGGACAUCGACUUAAUUAUUUACAAGUCAUUGUUCCAACCGUACCUACAACAAGUUCAUCACCAACAUCAAUGUUUCCUCUUGUAACACCGAGCUCACUUGUAGGAGGAUUUUACGAGCCGGAAAGUAAUCGUAGCCCUGUUAUAAUUACACCACCUCCAUCGGAAUGCAGCAGUGAUAGUGGUAGUUGCAGUCCAACACCUAGCGAAUCUUCAAGUGUUUGGCGACCAUGGUGAAUGAAUAAAAGUGAUUAAUAUAAUUCGGCUAAAAGAUGCUUGAAAAUAAAAACUGUAAGGCGCCUCGUCAGCUAUCGAAUUGUGCAGCGAAUAUUAAUGCUGACUUUAGUACAGUUUCUAAGGAAAGAUUCAAACUCUAAAGGGAUGUAACGUUAAACAUUAAAGUUUGACAGGAAGAGAGAAGAAAUAAGCUCCAUGUACAACAAGUUGAAUUUUACUCAAAAGACCUUAAAGGCCAACAGAGGAAAAAAACUAAAUUGUACGCUGUGAUUUUUUAAAAUGCUUUAAUGAAAAACAAAUAUAGAAAAUCUAAAAAAA